GCCCCCACCCCGGCCCCGAGAGCAAGCCGGCCCGGGCCCCCACUCGGGGCGCCCGCCCGCCCACCAUGAGGAGGAUCCGCGCCAAUGCCAUCGCCAUCCUGACCGUUGCCUGGAUCCUGGGCACUUUCUACUACUUAUGGCAGGACAACCGAGCCCACGCAGCAUCCUCCGGCGGCCGGGGCGCGCAGAGGGCCGGCGGGAGGCCAGAGCAGCUCCGCGAGGACCGCACCAUCCCGCUCAUUGUGACAGGAACACCCUCCAGAGGCUUCGAUGAGAAGGCGUACCUGGCAGCCAAGCAGCUGAAGGCCGGAGAGGACCCUUACAGGCAGCAUGCCUUCAACCAGCUGGAGAGUGACAAGCUGAGCCCAGACCGAGCCAUCCGGGACACACGCCAUUACAGUUGCCCGUCUCUUUCCUACUCUGCGGACCUGCCGGCCACCAGCGUCAUCAUCACCUUCCACAAUGAGGCCCGCUCCACCCUCCUGCGCACUGUGAAGAGUGUCCUGAACCGAACUCCAGCCAGCCUGAUCCAGGAGAUCAUCUUAGUGGAUGACUUCAGUUCAGAUCCUGAAGACUGUCUGCUCCUGACCAGGAUCCCCAAGGUCAAGUGCCUGCGCAAUGAUCGGCGGGAAGGGUUGAUCCGGUCCCGCGUUCGUGGGGCAGAUGUGGCCACAGCUGCCGUGCUCACCUUUCUGGACAGCCACUGUGAAGUGAACACCGAGUGGCUGCAGCCCAUGCUGCAGCGGGUCAAGGAGGACCACACCCGUGUGGUGAGCCCCAUCAUCGAUGUCAUCAGUCUGGAUAACUUUGCCUACCUUGCUGCAUCUGCUGAUCUUCGUGGAGGAUUUGACUGGAGCCUGCAUUUCAAGUGGGAGCAGAUCCCUCUUGAGCAGAAGAUUGCCCGGACCGACCCCACCAAGCCCAUAAGGACUCCUGUCAUAGCUGGAGGAAUCUUUGUGAUCGACAAGUCCUGGUUUAACCACUUGGGAAAGUAUGAUGCCCAGAUGGACAUCUGGGGCGGAGAGAAUUUUGAGCUCUCCUUCAGGGUGUGGAUGUGCGGUGGGAGCUUGGAGAUCGUGCCCUGCAGCCGGGUGGGCCACGUCUUCAGGAAACGGCAUCCCUACAACUUCCCUGAGGGCAACGCCCUCACCUACAUCAGGAACACCAAGCGCACUGCAGAGGUGUGGAUGGAUGAAUACAAGCAGUAUUACUAUGAGGCCCGGCCCUCGGCCAUCGGGAAGGCCUUUGGCAGCGUAGCCACGCGGAUUGAGCAAAGGAAGAAGAUGAACUGCAAGUCCUUCCGCUGGUACCUGGAUAACGUCUACCCAGAGCUCACAGUCCCCGUGAAGGAAGUGCUCCCUGGCAUCAUUAAGCAAGGGGUUAAUUGCUUAGAAUCCCAAGGCCAGGACUCAGCUGGGAACUUCCUGCUUGGAAUGGGGAUCUGCAGAGGGUCUGCCAAGAACCCCCCAGCACCCCAGGCGUGGCUGUUCAGCGACCAUCUCAUCCAGCAGCAGGGGAAGUGCCUGACUGCCGCCUCCACGUCCAUCACCCCAGGUUCCCUGGUCCUACUGCAGGGGUGCAACCCGAGAGAAGGCAGGCAGAGAUGGAGGAGAAAAGCCUCUUUCAUCCAGCACUCGGUCAGCGGCCUCUGCCUGGAGGCCAAGCCCGCCCAGCUGGUGACCAGCAAGUGCCAGGCCGAUGCCCCGGCCCAGCAGUGGCAGCUGACGCCGCACACGUGACGGUAGCCUGGGGCCUCCCAUACCUUUUGCAUGAGACUUUGGGACUGGAAGCGGGUUAGGGUG